AUGGCGACUACUACGGAUAUGAAAGGAAAUGUUGUUAAAAUGGAGAUUGACUACAGUGAAACUGUAGAUAAGAGAAUACCAGAGUGUGAAGCAUUAGCAUCCGUAAGUAGUUACCUUUUCUAACCAAUUUUUUGUCAUUAUAUGUCCUAUGUAACAACUGCAUUCUGCACGUGUUGGGCGAAAACUAUUCACACUUAGACAUAUUAUUUGGUUCACGAAAAGUCUCUUUAUAUAUCCUUUCAUCAGGAUGGAAAACUCAAUGAAGCCCUAGAGAUUCUUUUGGCCCUCGAGAAGCAAACUCGGACGGUAUGUAAAAUGAGUUUUCCUUUGAGUUAAUGUCCGUUGUCAAUCAUAUUAAUAUUCCUCAUCUUGGGGUUAAGUUAUCAGCGCAAUAAUAGACGAUCGAAAUCUUCAUAGGGUUCAUUUUGUCAUGAAUUGGUAGCUGUAUGUUUACUUGAUAAGUGGGAACCAAAUUUCAGAGGCCAGGUUUUGUUGCAGAUGUUUAAAUGCAAUUUAAGCAAGUGUCAAAAUCUAAUCUGUCAUGAAAAUUAUUUAAUUUCAAGAGCCUCAUUUACAUUGAUUAUGGUCAGAAUUCAUGAGAUAAAUGUAACAGUAAAAAUUUAAUACCUACAUAGUUGAAAAAGGGUUGAAAUCAAGUUUCUAUUGUAGAAAAGUUUUGAAUUCUAUCCACAUGUGUAGCUUGCUGCAUAUGUUUUUAGUUUACAAUACGCAUUAGUUCCUCUUUGUCUGUAGGCUGCAGACAUGCAUUCCACGAGUCGUGUUUUAGUCUGCAUAGUCCAACUCUGUUUCAAGAGCAAAGACUGGAAUGCACUGAAUGAACAUAUUGUGAUCCUAACAAAAAGAAGGAGUCAGCUUAAACAGGUAGAGAUUUUUCAGUACUUAAAUUGUAUUUCCAAAGUUUUAUACAGUGUUCUACUUGACUUAGAGAGGGGGAGACAUUUUGAUCAGAUGUUUGAGAGAAGAGUAGAUAUUUGGUUGUGUAUUUUAUGGAUGGGUACAUGAACUUAAAAUCAAACCUGUAUUAGGUGGUCACCCAUGGGGAAUGGCUGGGUAACUGGUUAACCCUUUAACUCCCAGACCAAAUUUGUAAUUCUCCAGACUAUCAACCAUACAAUUCUUAUAAUGUUAGUUCAGAGAAUUGAGUAUUGGAUCAACUAAUUAUCCCCAAAUUGAUGUUUUUCUUUAUUCUCAUCACUUAUCUGGUUGAUAUUGUGAGGAGAAAUUCUGUCUUAGUCAUUUAUGGGAGUUAAUGGGUUAAUACAGGUUGACUGCCUUAUACAGGCUCCACAGAAUAGCGGUGUGAUAAAAAACAAUGGAAAACACCAUUUUAUGCCCUAGUUAACUAUGUAAGGUACAAAAAUUUGCUCAAAAAUUUGCUCAAAAAUAUUACUUAUUAACAUGAUUAAACUUUAUUUGAGAGAUCAUUCAUAGUUUUAUUUGAGCGGUUCUGUAAUAAGUGAUGGUUCAAUACAAGUUGAGGACAGUACAAACAGGCCAUAAGGACUCACUCAUUGGUGACCAUGACAACUUAACCUUUUAACUCCCAGUUCAAAUUUGUAAUUCUCCUUACUAUCAGCCAUACAUUUCUUAUAAUGUAGUUCAGAGAAUUUAGUAUUGGAUCAACUAAUUAUACCCAAAUUGAUAUUUUUCUUUAUUCUCAUCACUUGUCUGCUUGAUAUUGUAUUGAUAUUGUAAGGAGAAAUUCUGUCUUGGUCAUUCAUGGGAGUUAAAGGGUUAAUAGAGGUGAAAAUAACAGUGGUUAAGGGGAAACGAAUUUCAGGACUUUGACAACCAGCUGCAGAAUACAGGGUGACUGCUCAAUAUGGUACAGCUUAACAAAUUCAACUGUAUCUUGUUGUUCACCUUAUAAGAUAUGUUUACAGAUUUUUAUGUCAUUCUUUUCAGGCUGUAACCAAAAUGAUCCAGGAAGCUUUUACCUAUGUGGAACAAACUCCUGAUCUAGAAACUAAAUUGAAAUUAAUAGACACUCUCAGAACAGUCACUGCAGGAAAGGUAAAAUUAGCUUACGCUGCUAGCAUUGUGAAUUUUUAACCCUUUAGUAACUUUAUUAUCUGGGUAAACAGUGUUAAAGAAUGUAUAAAUUCUUCCCAUUUCCAUGAAGUGCUUUCAAAGUAAGUCUGGUUCACUGUAGGAAUUCAUUUUGAAAUAAUUUUUUUCCUAUUCCUAAUAAAAUUUGCCAAAAGAACCUGAUCAUCUAUGAUGUAUUAACCUUUCCUGGUGAAAGUUCAGGGCUCUUUGAUGUAUUGUUACUUUAACCCUUUAACCUCCAAGAUCUGAUUGUUAAUUGUCCUUCUUAGCUGGUACGCAUUCUCCUUGUCAAAUUGGUUUGGUGUUAGAUCUAGAUAACAACUCCUAACUGAUAAGUUUGAGUAUUCUCAUCACCUGUUCGCCAGAUAAUGUAGACAGACAAGAGGGGUAAUACAAGGUGGCUUAGCAUCCAUCGAGGAGAGGUAGCAAUACUGACAAUUUGGCUUUUGUUAGGAAAAACUAGGACGAAGUUUUGGCAAUCAUGAGCCAAUAAGCUUAUAAAAUUUUUGACAGUAAUUUUAAUAGCAACAUUUACUUCAUUUUAGAUAUAUGUUGAGAUUGAGAGGGCUCGUCUGACAAGGAUGCUUGCUAAAAUAAAGGAAGACCAGGGAGAUAUUGCAGGUAAUUUUUGUUUUACCCCAUUCCCUUUCAAACCCUAUGUAAGAAAGGAUAUCAAUUGCCAUGUGCACCUGUGCUUUUGUUUUUCUCUUUUCUCUGUUUUUUCCAGUAUUAAUAAUAAUCUGUAGUGAUAAGUACCUUUAAUGGACUGAAACAAGUAUGCACCUGUAUGUAAUGACUUUAAUGCAUUGGUUUAAACUUCAUUUAUUUAGGUAUCUUUUUUUAGAGUUGAACUGGUGUAGAUGAAUUGAUAAAAAAGUCUUCUUAUUUAAGUCUUACUUCAAAUAAAGAGUUACCAUUGCCAUAAAUAACUGUCUCAUUUUAUUUCCUUUUAAUGUGUAGAGGCAGCCAACAUCCUACAAGAGCUGCAGGUAUGAUAAUGGAAACAAAAUUAUACAUUUUGAAAACCAAUGAUGAAGCAGAGGGGUACAAAGGCAUACUCCUCCAGAAAAAUUUGAAAUUUGAAACUCUCUGAGAUAUGAUUUCUAACACUCUGGAACAUAUUUGAGUAACUUUUGUUAUCCCGACAUUGAUGCUAGAAUAAUCAGUUAAAAAAUACUUAUAUCUCUCUUUGAGCACCAAAAUGGUUUGACAGCUGGUGGGUUUCUGCCGCCUCAUCGCUUCUAAUGACAACCCUGUACUUUUAAUUUUCAGACCAAAUUGCACUCUAGUGAUUUCAAUCACCAUUGUAUGUAGGCUGUCAGACAUUUUAGACAACAAAUCAAAAUCAAAUAGAUAUAGAUAAAAUGUUUUUAAAUAAGUUAAACCAGUUUUAUUGAAUGGCCUAUUAUUUGGAAAAAUUGAAUAAAUACACACUUGCAAAUAAUAAAAAUUUCCAGAAUUCCAAUUGUGCAUUUUGAUAGAUUGGCAAACAAGGGUCUUUUCUGAAUGAAGACUGUUCAGGAAUCUUGUCAGACUAACACUUUGAUGGAAAGAUCUUUGUUUAAGUGAUUUUGAUAUAUGUUUUAAACUUGCAGGUGGAGACAUAUGGGUCUAUGGAAAAGCGGGAAAAAGUGGAAUUCAUCUUGGAGCAAAUGAGAUUAUGUUUGGCUAAGAAGGAUUACAUUAGAACACAGAUCAUCAGUAAGAAGAUCAGCCCAAAGUUUUUUGAAAAUAAUCAGGAGCAGGAUCUAAAGCUGAAGUUCUACCAGCUAAUGAUUGAGGUGGCACGACAUGAGGGAAGCUACUUAGAUAUCUGUAAAUACUACAGAGCCAUGUUUGAUACACAGUCUGUCUUAGAGGACAAAGAGAAAAAGCAUGAGGUGAGUAGGGGAAAAUUUAAGAGGGUGGCUUUUUUCUCAUUGUGAUGAAAAAAUAAACAUAGCUUCAAGGCUACAGUGAUAAGAAGGACAAACACCAAGACACAAGGAGUACUAACGUUUUUGAAAAUACAGAUUGUGAAACAGCAACCACCACAAUGUGAAAAAAGUGAAUUUUUUUUUUGUUUGUUAUACAGGUGUUAAGAAAUGUGGUGCUGUUCCUUGUUCUUUCACCAUAUGAUAAUGAACAAUCAGAUCUCAUUCACCGUGUUGGGGAAGAGAAAACUCUGGAGGAAAUAUCGCUUUACAGGUAUAUCAUGCUAAAUGAGAUCUGACAGGGUCAAACUAUCUGAGUAUUAGUUGUUAAAUCCACAUUUCUAAUCUAUAAACACAUGCAAAAUAUCUUAAGUCAUAAGUCAGUUAUUCAUGUUAUUUUCUCAAUCAUGUGGUCAUUUGAAUAACAUUGAAUUGGUGUUUUUGAGCAGACAAUCAUUUGGUAGAAAAAAUGUGAGAUAUUUGCUAAUUUGGUUUUAUCCACUGUGUUAGUAAUAUGUAAAUUGGCCACCACAAAGAGUUUCCAAAGUUGACUUUUCAAGCAUUGACCCCUUGUCAGAGAAAUUAGAGGAAUGUGGGUUGUGUGUAGUUUAUGUAAAGAAGGAUGGAGCUGUGCUAUUGGUGGGAAUAUGAUAACAUAAAAAACUCAAUAAUAAAUUAGGUGAAUGAAAAGCAUUUGUAGAUGCCAUGGGGAUUAAGAGAGCUAAUAUAAAAGAUGAAUUUUUGUUCUAGAGUUUUGCAGCUUUCCAAACUGUGUAGAUGUAGGGACAGGGCUGCAAAUGUAGGUAAAGGCUGAUUAACUGAGGCAUGAAAUGUCAAACAGGAACAUAUCAGGGACCCCUCUCAAAUGAUAAGAACCCUGAUCUUCAAGUCUGUCAGUUUAUUGUCAUUAUUAUUAACUAGUCCUUUUGACAUUCAUCAAGAUAUUGCCAAUCUUCAAUGUGGGAAGUGAGGGAGGGAGGGGAGGGGAGGAGACUUUGCUACAUUAAGUUAAUUGUAUUUUUACAACCAAUCUACAAUUUUGUUUGUGUUUGAUCUAUCUAUUAGAGAUCUCCUGAAAUGCUUCACCACAGCUGAACUUAUGCGUUGGUCUCACAUAAAAGAGGUUUAUGAAGCUGAACUAAGAACAGGUCCAUCUGCAACUGGUGUGUUUGAGGAACACACAGAUGAAGGCAAAAAGCGCUGGGAAGACUUACAAAAACGGGUUGUUGAACAUGUGAGUUUGAUUGUUGUUUUCAUUUGAAGGUAUUUCUUUUGUUAUGAAUUUCACUUGAUGCUUACACUUAGUUGGAUUGCAUAAUGCACACUCACUGGUGGAAGGAUUAACUCUAAAAAAAAUUUUAAGCUGCGUUAGAAAUUUGUAUUCUCCAUACAGUCAGUACAUGUAACUGUUUGUUUUGAAAGAACUCUCCAACAUCUGUUUAAAACUCCUCAAUAUCUCUUUACUGUGCAUAUGAAAACCCUCAAGAUCUGAUUGUUGAUUCUCUCCUCUAGCUACUUCACAGUUCCCUGGAAAUUAGUUAUGAGAAUUUGAUGUAAGAUCAAGAUAACAACUUUUGCCUGAUAGGUUUCAAUAUUCUCAUAUCCUGUUUGCUGGAUAAUGUGUGAAUAUUAAAGGGAGAAGUUAAAUGUAAAGACUUCAGGUAAUUUUAAGCUUAUAAAUGUGAGUAUUUGAUCGUUUUUUUAACAGAAUAUCCGGGUCAUGGCCAAGUACUACACCAGAUUAACACUAAGAAGAAUGAGCCAGUUGUUGGACUUAACUGUUGAUGUAAGUUUAAGUUGUAUAUGUUAUAAAAUGAACGCAAAAUUGUUCUAUUCUGUAGCAUAAAAUGUUGCGCUUUGUCAUCAAUUGGAGCAAACAGGCCCAAUCCUCUCAUAGCUGAAUCCAAUCUUGUCCUAUGCCUGCAUAACGCGAUCUUUUUUCCAGACAUCCUCUCAUUAACUUCAGUGAAACAGCAACUGAUAUAGGUCUCCGAAGCCUGUGUAAUGUUUGAGGAAAUAAUUAUGACAAAAUGAAUCAUGAUGAGUUAAAUCAAUUCUGAAUGAGUACUUCUAAUCUCAAAAUUAUGUACUAUUACAUCAAGGCUGUAGACUCCAAUAUCCAUCUAUGGAAUUUUUGGGGUUUUUUUAAGUGUUAAGAAUUGGAACGGAAGUGAAAAGAACUAUUAAGUGUCACUAUUACCUCAGCUAACCCAAUUUUUUUAUCCUGUCUCAGGAGACUGAAUUGUUCCUCUCUGAGUUAGUGGUGUCCAAAACAGUUUUUGCCAGAAUUGACCGCCCUGCAGGCAUCGUUACGUUCAGUGCGCACAAGGAAUCUAAUGAGAUUCUUAAUGAAUGGUCUCACAACCUCAACACUCUGAUGCAGCUUCUCAAUCGCACAACUCAUCUCAUUACCAAGGAAGAAAUGGUGCACAAACUUGUACAAAUGUAACUUAUUUUGUGUUUGACUGAGACCAUGUCUGCUACUAUUUCAAUUUUAUACAGUCCAAUAGUUGUCUUGUGCUAGUCAAUAAAAAGU